UGUACAAAUACAGAUAUGCUACUACUCUAAAUAAUAACAUAUCCUGAACUAGUCGGUCUGACAGACAGGAAAUUUAAAUCACUCGUCCAAGAAUUGAGGUCGUCAGGCGGAAGUAUCGCUGAUAGAAAAUAAACAACAAACUCUGUUGAAUACAUGAUGACGAUGGCUGUUUCAGCUCCGAUUCCAAUACCAAUGACAGAACGCGACGAGGAGGAACAGCUAGAGUUUGCAAUUAUGCGCAGCCUAGAAGAAAAUUAUAGCCCAUUUUCAUCUACCCAAGAUAUACCUUCAGAUAAUGCAGACAUUUUAUCUUCAAGUGGACCUACAACAUCCAGCGGGAAAUCUACUCUGGCACCUUAUCGCAGAUCGAGAACUGUUCCAAACUGCGCUUCUUCACACUCAAGAAGUCCGAACGAGCCAACCUUGACAGCGAAUCCAGUUCGAAUAAGAUCAAUAGAUUACAGUCCGCCAAGACCAACGUAUUCAACUGAUUGCUGUGAAGUGAAAAAUGCUAUUCUUGAUCACAAUCAAGAAUAUAUAAAGAAUCUAAACAAUAAACGUAAGGAUGUGAAUCCUCCUCUCCAUAUUGCCGUUACACGUAAUCAUUUCACCUGUUUGGAAGAAAUAGUCGGAGGCAUGCCAGAGUUGGUAAUGUCGCGUGGUACCAAAGGAGAGACUCCAUUGUUUCUUGCGGCCACAGAAGGAAACAUCAACGCUGCUCGUAGGCUUGUGGCUGCAGGAGCGGACGUGAAUAGUGGAAAAACAAAUAAAGAUACUCCGCUUCAAGCUGCGAUUGAAAACGAUCACCGUGUUAUGGCAAGACUUUUACUGAAAAGUGGAGCUAAUCCAAACCAAGCGCUGAAUCGAGGUUGGACAGCGGUGCACGAGUGCGUUUACAGAGGUAACUGUGAAAUAUUAGAAAUUGUUCUCAACUUUGGAGGGGAUCCGAAUAUACGCGAUGUUUAUGGAAUCAGUCCUGUUUUCACAAGUGCAGCAUGUGGACGUAAUGAAUGCUUGGAUUUGCUAUUACGUUCUGGUGGGGAUCCGAAUCUUUGCGCCUCCAGCAAAGCAGCUUCUCCGUUAUAUGAAGCUUGUAAAGAAACCCAUGUUGAUUGUGCGAUAACACUUCUUGAACAAGGAGCGGAUCCUCACAUUGCAAAUUGUGACGGAUUGUAUCCUAUACACAUCGCCUGCAACAAAGGAUCUAUUGAACUUGUCGAAGAACUCCUGAAAGUAACCGACAGAUCUUUGGUCGAGAAUUGCGGUAUGAGUCCUGUGCACUCUGCAGCCAAAGAGGAUGAAAUUGAAAUUUUGGAACUUCUGAUUGAACAUGGAUAUGAUGUCAACAUAAAGAUAAAGAAAGACAAAAUCUCAUAUAGAGAUCGUCGACAGACAGCUUUAUUUUUCGCCGUCUACAACGAUUCUGAAGAGACGACUGAGUUAUUAUUGAAAGCUGGAGCAAAUACCGAAUUGGAUUAUGUCAAGCCUCUUCUUGUUGCCGAAUCUCAUGGCCAGUACAAAAUUGUUGACUUAUUAAUAAAACAUGGAGCUGAUGUGAACGCUUCGUUUGCUGAAGAAGGUGCCUUGUAUCCUGCUACUGCUGCGUUUGCUGUGAAAGAUCCGAGAAUGUUUCGUAAAUUGUUGCUCGCUGGAUGUGACGUUGCCAGAUGCUUCGUAUGCCUUAUAGGAGAAGAAGAUCAUUCUAGAUACGAAGAAUCUUUACAAAAGAAAUCGUUCUGCCAUUUCCUGUCACAAGAAAGAACAGCUGAAUGGGCAGGAUGGACUGUCCAUCGGCUGCUCCAAUUCGUAUCAAAUGUGCGACUUUGCAGCAGAAUGAGGGAAAUGUUGGAACAAACGGAAGAAUGGGAAGGAAUUGAAGAGAUCGUCGGCAACCCAAGGCGACUUUCUCAUCUGUGUCGUUUGAAGAUUCGUAAAGUCGCGAGAAGAUACGAGUUUGAGUCUGACGACUUGCCACUGCCAAGGCCGAUUAUGAAUUUCAUAAAUCACGACACAUUUUAGUGAUGAUUUAGCGCUCAGCUGGGCGCAAUCGGACGUGACCAAAUUACAGGACGUGUCAAAUUAUCGGACUUUCCUACUGCAGACCAGAAGUGCUGCAAACGAAUUAUCUAUGCAAAAAGACGACUGCAAAACACGGUGUACGACUGAGAAGCAUGCUGGAUGUUAUGGCCAAAGCAACGUCGGCCAUAGAAGAAUGCUGGACUGGAUUUGACUACCUUAAAAACGAUUCUUUGUUACUGUUACCCAAUCAGACUUCCAUCGAGUAUUUCAAACUGAGAUGGGUGAAACAAUACUUUUAGAUCGCAUAUUGAGUAAAGUUGCAAACACAACUAGACACAAGGGUAGGGUGUUCAGGUCAGAACUGAAUCAUUUUUGAUGAAUCCACUAGAGGGUUCACCAGGCGCGCUACUGAUUAACUUUGCCACAAACUUGUAACUAUGGGUCACAUCAUGAACGUCGGAGUUCAUCAUCACGUCAGAUAAUAAUACUUUGCAGCGAAGAAGCUUUUGCUCAUUAUAUAUCGUUUGGCUUUUUGCUGUACUUUUUCAAUAAAAGCUUUUUAUGAUCCAUUUUCAAUUCCAUAAUACCAAGGCGUCGAUGGUCAUUUACCUCCAGCGCGCUACUAAAUCGACAAAUGAUUUAGUAUCACACCAGGGCCACACAUUUACUUCCCAGGCUGGAUGUUGACAAAACGGUUAAAUUAAAUAUCUUUUGUCUGAGAAAUUGCAGUGAUAUCUCAGAAUAGGUAUUACCUUCACGGCUCAUUUGCAAGCACUUGAAUCCACCUCCCCCCCCCAUUUGAUUCUGGUACAAGAUAGCACAAAUGUACACCUUUCGUUUUAGGCAGAAAACAAUUUCUCUUCGGCAAACUAUACAUUAUAAUAGUAAACUAGCUUGAUCAAAGUAAAACGUAAUAACAAAAAAAAA